AGACCGUCUCUCUUUGUAAAUUCUUCACAACGGUCAUCAAAAUCUCAAUUCUUUCUUCUUCUUUUUUUCCUCUUCGGAGCGGAGGAGAAGAUGCUUCGAGCACCAUCUUCAAUUCUUCAUCGUCUUCAAGGGUUUCAAAUCAAAAAAGCAAUUGAAGAAGAGACGAGUCAAAGAGCGAGACGAUCUUUUCUAAUGGAUUCUCAACAGAGCGAUCUCUUUGACACCGUAUCGCAGCCUGACACGGUGGCCGACGCGUAUAACUUUUUGGAAUUCGAUACUCAAGGUGAUUCGGAGUUUGAUUACCCGGAGUUUGGAUCACCGACGGCAUGGCCUACCCCAUCUGAUUCUAUUUCCAUCGCUGACGCUUCCGAUCGUGGUGGAGGAGGAGCUGCCGCGGAUCAUCAUUCCGAGGCUUCGUCUCCUUCUUCCCUCUCUGCCGGUGCCGGUAAUGGUGCAAAAUCGGGACGUGGUGGUGUUAGUAGUAGUAGUCAGGUUGAUGCAUUGGCCGCUGGUAUCGGAAAUUUGAACUUGGAGGAGACUGGAGAUGAUGAUGGUUUCGAUUAUGGUCAGAAUGAUUUCACGGAGCACGCUUGUAAGUAUUGUGGUAUCUCGAACCCUGCUUGUGUGGUUAGGUGUAAUGUGGCUUCCUGUAGAAAGUGGUUCUGCAAUUCAAGGGGGAACACCUCGGGCUCGCAUAUUGUGAAUCAUCUGGUUCGAGCUAAACACAAGGAAGUUUGUCUCCAUAGAGACAGUCCACUAGGGGAAACAAUUCUUGAAUGCUACAACUGUGGGUGUCGAAAUGUCUUUCUCCUCGGUUUCAUCUCAUUAAAGACAGACAGUGUCGUCGUCCUUCUCUGUAGAGAUCCUUGUUUAAAUGUUAAUGCCCUCAAGGAUAUGAACUGGGACCUAAGUCAGUGGUGUCCCUUGAUUGACGAUAGGUGUUUCCUCCCCUGGCUUGUUAAGGUCCCAUCAGAGCAGGAACAGCUGCGGGCAUGCCAAAUUAGCGCACAGCAAAUAAACAAGAUAGAGGAAUUAUGGAAGACAAAUCCGGAUGCUACUCUUGAAGACUUUGAAAAACCUGGUGUAGACGAUGAACCUCAGCCUGUUCAACCUAAGUAUGAAGAUGCAUAUCAGUAUCAAAAUGUGUUUGCACCUCUAAUCAAGCUUGAAGCAGACUAUGAGAAGGAGGAAAAUGAAUUACGAUUGGUGCCGGGUGAUGAACUACGUCUGCGCUACUCAGGAGAUGCUGCUCAUCCAGCCUGGCAAUCAGUUGGACAUGUGAUCAAGCUAACGGCACAAGAGGAGGUUGCUCUUGAACUCCGAGCUAAUCAGGGAGUUCCGAUUGACGUGAACCAUGGAUUCAGUGUUGAUUUUGUUUGGAAAAGUACAAGCUUUGAUCGAAUGCAGGGAGCAAUGAAGAACUUUGCGGUAUAUGAAACAAGUGUGAGUGGUUAUAUUUACCAUCAGUUGCUCGGACAUGAAGUUGAGGCGCAGAUGGUUCAUAACACACUACCUAGACGUUUUGGGGUACCUGGUUAAUGCGGCAAAAAGUGUCCUUCAGAAGCCCAUCAGCUUGAUCCAAGGUCCGCCUGGCACGGGUAAAACUGUAACUUCUGCAGCAAUUGUGUAUCACAUGGAAAAACAGGCCAGGGACAGGUUCUCGUUUGUGCCCCAAGUAAUGUUGCUGUAGACCAACUAGCUGGAAAAAUUAGUGCUACUGGUUUAAAGGUUGUUCGCCUUUGUGCAAAAUCAAGGGAGGCUGUAAGUUCUCCUGUAGAGCAUUUAACCCUUCACUACCAGGUACGACAUUUGGACACAUCUGAGAAGAGCGAGCUGCAUAAGCUACAGCAGUUGAAAGAUGAACAAGGUGAGCUGUCGAGCAGUGAUGA